AUGGACUCCAGCAGACAGACGGUCAAUCAGCAGGAGCUGAAUGAGCUUCUUCAGGACUUCGACUUUGUGCUUGGGAAGGGCGCGUACGGCUCUGUGCGAGCGCUAAAAAGCAACCCCGACGAGGUGGUCAAGGAGAUCAGCACGGUGAAUCUUUCUGAGAAGGCGCGGCUUGCGUUGGAGACGGAGCUGGAUCUCCUCCCGCGUGUACGGCAUCAGUACAUAGUAGAUUACAAGCAGGUCAUCAAGACAGACACCUUUACAUAUAUUCGCAUGCGGCGCUACGCUAAAUCGCUCUCAGAGGUGAUAGUCCCCAUGCACCGCAAAAAUCAGAAGCCGGAACUCGACAUGAUCCUCCGGCUGACGGCCCAAAUGUGUGAAGCCUUGGCGUACCUGCAUAGCCCAUUCAAGCCGCAGGCCAUGUCAGAAAACAAGAUACCCUCAAUUGUCCACAGAGACAUUAAGCCAGCCAAUAUCCUGACGGAUGAGAAGGUCGAGAAUUUCUAUCUGGCUGACUUCGGCAUGUGUCGGACGGUGACCAACACUGUUUGUGCCUCGACGUAUGCAGGUUCUCCGGCAUACAUGGCGCCCGAGGUUAUGUUCCAUGAGCACUACGACGGAAAGGCAGACAUCUGGAGCCUCGGAGUGGUGGUGUACGAGAUGGCUUACGGCCGGGUCCCUGACUUUCUGCGCGGCAUGCCUCCCAAGUCUGUCUACGUGAAUACGUGGCGGCCUGAUCUGACAAAGAUAGACUACCCCGAGCUUCACGAUGUGAUCAAGGCCAUGCUUGUUGUGGACCCCCAGAAGCGCUCUUCUGCAGCCGAUAUCCUGCGGAUUCCCUGUGUGUCAAGCUAUGUUAACACUAGGAAUGAGACCAGCGAGCCUGGCCGGGAGCUAGAGCAACUGCUCGAGUUCCACAUCCAGGAUGCCGUCAAGGACAGAGAGGCGCACAUCAAUAGCCUUCAGACCGAGAUCUCGCAGCUAAAAACGCAGAUUGAUGUUCUGAACGAACGGCUAGCCAAGCAGCAGGAUCAACAGCAGACCUUACAGGCAGACUUGGACGCCAAGGCCAAGCUUUUAGAGGAUAUGUACAGUAACAUGCAGAAAACUGGAGAUCCCAGUUCCAUGGAUGCUGUGUCAGUGCACUUACAAGCAUCUGACGCCGCGCUUGCCAUGAGGGACAGGUACAUCAAGAACCUCAUUGAGACCAACAAGAAGCUUACAAUGAAGUUGUCCUACAAUGAGACGGCUGUCUACGGGCUCUCAUCCAUCAGAAGCACGGGAAGCAUCCUGUCUAGCAGCACCAAGUUGGAGGGGAACGUGACCGGCGAUACUCACGACAGCUCCGAGAGCCUUAUUAGUUUGAUUCAGAAAUUCGUCACUUCUGUGGAUAAAGUACUGAUACGGAGGCUGGCGCAAUCCAUAAUCAACCAUCUCGACGAGGCCGGGAAUGGCGCUGCUCUCCUUCUCUUGCUUACCGGAAAACUAGAAGGAAGUUAUAUCUUAUCGCCUCAGCGUGGGGCUCUUAUCCGCCUGCUCGCUGAUCGCGAAGGUAGUCAGCUCACAAGUUCAGGCUAUAGCAACAGCUACAUCGAGUGUCUCCAAGGAAAGCCCACCGUAGAGCAGGUGCUCCAACCAGACGGUUGGAAUAGCUGGUUCCGCCACGUGGAGCAAGGGUGCUCCGUAGGCGUGGAGAGUUCCAUGUACAUGGUGGGCUCCGUCUUUUCGUCUCCUGUGCUAUGUGACGAGAUAGCAGAUGACGGCUUUACGGCCCUAAUGAUGGCGGCCGCCCUUGACCAUGCUAGCGUUGUUUCCGUACUUAUGUUCAAGGAGUCUGGGCGUAUAACAACUAAUAAGCGAAGCGCUCUUAUGUUUGCUGCCCACAUGGGCAAUGUCGGGUCCACCUGCCUGCUCUUGUCCGUAGAAGCUAAGCUCCGAGACAGUAGGAAGCGGGUGGCCAUACACUACGCUGCCGAGGCUGGUCAUACAGAUGCUGUUCAGGUUCUCAUGACCAAGGAGGGUGGGCUAACUGAUGCAGAGGGAAUGACGGGCCUCAUGCUUGCGGCGAAAUCUGGAUUUACCAGAAUUGUGAGCAUUCUCCUCCAGAAGGAAGGGCGGAAGCUGAACAAGACAGGUGCUACUGCCCUUAUGUACUCAAGUAAGUGGGGCCACUUGGAGGCCGUCAAGCUGCUGCUCCCCGUUGAGGGAAGGAAGACCAAUAAGAUGGGUCUCUCGGCCUUGAUGAUCGCAGCGCAAUACGGGCAGCUGGAGAUAACCGAGGCAUUGCUUCCUGUCGAGGACGGGAUCGUUUCUAAAAUGGGAAUGACCGCUCUGAUGUAUGCGGCCCAGGCCGGCCAAAAGGACAUCGUAAAGCUCCUGAUCCCUAGGCAGGCUAGGAUGCGGGAUAAGAUUCGCGCUACGGCCCUCAUGUACGCUGCGACCAAGGGGCAACAUGAUGUUGUUGCGCUACUUGCCAACGAGGAGGCCGGAAUGGUGGAUAUAAAUGGGCUGUCUGCCCUGGUGUACGCAGCGUAUAAGGGACAUUUCAAGUGUGUCGACAUCCUAGCUCCUCUGGAGGCGAAGGCGCACGGCGAGAGGGCAAUCCAAGAGAUGAUAAAAUCUCACCGCCAGACGAUAAUGCCCAUCAUGAAGAAUAAGAUAGAGGAGUACAUGAACAAGUAG